UAUCACCGCGCCAAUAUGGCCGUGCGGCAUCGGCUGUCUGCAACGCGACUGUGAAAGCGGGCUGUCCGGGGGUACCCACCGAGGCAGUUCCAGGGAAAUAUGUCGGACUACCUGAGGUCCGCGCUCGGGUACCUAAACGGCGGCACCGGCGGCAACGAGUACGUCGGCCAGACAUUGGACAUCAACAAUGUAAAGCUGAGGGUGACGCGACUGAUCGCCGAGGGUGGAUGGGCAGUGGUGUUUGCAGUGGAAGAUGUUGCUACGGGAAAAGAAUACGCGCUCAAGAGACUUAUUGCUGCCGACGAAGAUGCAAACAGAGCCAUUAUACAGGAGAUAGAAACGUUCAAGAGACUGUCGGGCCAUCCAAACAUUGUGCAAUUUCUGUACGCUCAACGACUGGAGCGGGAAGAGCGCAAGGGUUACGAAUACCUGGUCGUCACCGAGCUAUGUCCCGGCGGCACGGUGGCAGAUAUACUCAGAAAUGUGUCUGCGAACACACUGACUCUCGCCCAGGUGUGCAAGAUAGCCUAUCAAGCGGCGAGAGCGGUGCAUCAUAUGCACAGCCAGCAGCCGGAACCUUUCGUGCAUCGCGACAUCAAGCUAGAGAACUUUUUGCUCGGAAGGGACGGCCUCGUAAAAUUGUGCGACUUCGGUAGCACUACGACGCAACAGAUAUUACCGGAUGCAUCAUGGAACGCUCAGAAACGCGCCACUCUAGAGGAUCAAAUGGCCAAGUAUACGACCCCCAUGUACCGUGCCCCGGAAAUUAUGGAUACCUGGAAUAACGAACCUAUAGGACCACCUGUGGACUGCUGGGCUUUAGGAUGUAUAUUGUAUGCCUUAAUUACAUUGCGGCAUCCUUUUCCCGAAGGUAACAAGCUGGCGAUCGUGAACGGCAAAUAUCCACCGUUACCGCCGAAUCCGCGAUAUGCGUGUAUGCACGAUCUAGUGAAGGGAUGCUUGCAAAUUUCACCUAUUCAGAGGCUGACGACGGCGCAGCUUUUGGAACGUCUGGCAGCGAUCGCCGAGUCGAACGACUUCGAUCUUAGAGAGCCGCCGCGAAUCGAAGUCGCGAUCAAGCCAUCACCGCCCCCGCGUCCGACGCCCCCGCCGCCGCCGCCGCAGUCGAACACGCCGCCACCGCCCCCUCGUCCCACGCCCCCGCCGGUAGCGAUGCCGCCGCCGAGACCGGCGCCCGUGCAGACGGCGGUAUCCAAAAUUCCGGCAACUCAGGGUACAGCGGGUCUCUUCAACUCGCUGAGGGGCGGAGCCGGCAGUAUUCUGCGCAACCUGAAAGACACCUCUAGUAAAGUGAUGCACACCGUUCAGCAGAGUAUGGCAAGAACAGAGCUAGACGCAAGCUAUUUAACAUCACGCAUACUCAUCAUGCCGUAUCCCGCUGAUGGAAUCGAAUCCGCGUAUCGGGCCAAUCACGUGGAGGAUGUGAGAGCCUUCCUCCAAGCCAGGCAUCCACCGCCAGCCAAAAUUCAGCUCUACAAUCUGUCUCGCGGCCGGCCGAAUGUCGCGAGGCUGCCCGGCAGACACAUCGAUUGCUCAUUCGCCUACGCCACUGCGGAAUCAAACGCGCCCAUGCUGUUCGCCCUGUAUCAAAUCUGUCAAGAUAUCUAUCAGUAUUUGAAUGCUGAUUUCAAUCAUGUGGUCGUGCUAUAUUGUUCUGACGGAUAUCGGGGGAGUGCCACGGUGGCGUGCACCUUGCUGAUCCACUGCAGAGCUCUGUCCACCACCGAUGAGGCGAUCGCCCUGUUUACAACGAGACGUUGCCAGCCGCCACAUCUGCAGCCCUCGGAACUGCGCAGUAUUAAUUAUAUGAGCAUGCUGAGUGGCGGCCGACCUCCGCACACGAAGCCGCUGGUCCUCCGUUCCGUUGUUAUACAGCCAGUGCCGUUGUUCACCAGAGCGAAGGACGGCUGCCGGCCCUACAUAGAGAUUUACAGCAACGGUGCGCUAGUCUUUACGACAAAGAAGGCCAACUACGAGGAAAUGAAGCUGUUCGGAAUGAUGGAAGGCAAGGUCUGCCUUGUGCUAGGAGACGCGGCUGUGCGCGGAGACGUCACGAUAGUGAUAUAUCACGCCAGGCAACAGCUAGGCCGCGUGAUCGGAAUCAAGAUUGCUUCGUUGCACUUUCACACCGGCUACGUACCUCUCACCGAAAGCGCCUUGACAUUCGAGAAGCGCGAUCUGGACGACGCGCCCGAGAUAGGCGGCAAGUUCCGCAUCGUGCUGAACGUCAUGAUAGGCGAGGAGAACUCGAAGCUGUCGAGGGUACCGUUGCCAUGGGAAGCGGAAACAUGCGUCCAGCCUAUACCGGAUCCGUUGUUCGCUUCGACGUUGGAGAUGGAGGAGACCUUGGAAAACUUUAGAACCGCUCCUCGCCACGAGGAGACUCACAAAACACCAUCGAACGAAAACGAGACUGUUGUACAACAAGAAACAAUACCUCAACAACCGGAAGAUCUAACAGAUGAGGAAACAGAUAAACAGAACGAAGAGAGCAACUUUCAGGAGGCUGAUUUACUGAAUCUCGGCAUGCCGGAGAACACCAGUAAUACCUCAAAUACUCCCGCUCCUGCGGCAUCAAAUGCAGGAUUAGAUAUCUUCUCUAGUUCUAGUCAGAACGAAAGCGAUCUCUUAGGCGGCUUCGGCGCAUCGCAGACCGAGGCUGCCAACUCGAUACCUUUAAUUAAUAAUAGUGCCUCGGCUGACUUACUGUUCGGGCACGACAAUUCUGCGAGGAGUAGCAACACAGUCAACAACAACAAUAUGAACAUGAGCGAUUUGUUGUUUGGACAAAGUCAAACGACAUCGAGUAACGUCAACGACUUCCUUCUCGACCCGCUAGGUGGAAAUUCCGCGUCCAAUCUUCUCGGUGGCCUCGCGACGGGUUCCGCCGCGAAGCCAAGCACCGUCAAGAGCUCAAUUUCCGAAGAGAACUUUCCGCGAAACGCCAGUGUGCCGAACUUCGCCGCCCAGGCGACCAAGGAUCCGUUCGCCAAUCUGGCCGGAUCGUUGGGCACCGGUCUCACGGGCAGCUGGAACGGCACGCCGAAGAACUCCAACACCCCACAAUCAGCGAGCCCGGCACCCGCAAGCACACCGAUCCACUCCAGUCCGAGCACGAUGCACAAGUCCAACACGAUGGUUAACGAUCCCAGUGCGAACGGCAAUACUUCGGACGCGUUCAGCGGUAAAGCGAAGGAAAAAACGAGCGGAGACGCGUUCGAGGAUCUAUUGGGCAGUCAAGGUUACAAUUUCUUCAGCUCGCGCAAGGCCGACAAGGAUAGUCCGAAAACAAUAAAUCAGAUGCGAAAGGUGGAAGCGGCCAAAACGAUGGACCCCGACAGGAUGAAGAUAGCCGAGUGGACGGAGGGCAAGAAAGGGAAUUUGCGGGCUCUGCUCUGCUCGUUGCAUACAGUUCUAUGGCCGGAGGCUGAAAGGUGGCAGCGUUGCGAAAUGCAUCAAUUGGUCACGGCCGCGGAUGUCAAGAAAGCGUAUAGAAAAGCCUGUUUGGCUGUGCAUCCGGACAAGCAAGCAGGCACGGCGAACGAGAAUAUAGCAAAAUUGAUCUUUAUGGAGCUGAACAACGCAUGGAGCACAUUCGAGAACGAUGCGUCGCAGCAGAAUCUAUUUAGCUAAUUUUAAUGACCGUUAUCUGUUAUCGAAAACCUGUCUCUGUAAUUAAUUUAGUUCCUAGCGGAAAGGGAGCUAAGAGGGGAUGGGAGGGGAUCUCGUUAUCCGUGAGAUAACCGCGUAUCUGCAUUCCGACUACGUUAUUUUAGCUGUAGAUAAAAACAAAGCGCAAAAAAGUGGAAAGUAAAAUCUUCAGAGAGAGAGAGAGAGAGAGAAGUCAUUGCGGGAGGUCAGUGAAGAGGAGCUUCGGGAUGUGUCUUCUUAUUGUUUCAACGCCUUGUAAACCUAAUUAAAACACUCCCAAUUACAGCAGUACGGCGUAAAGUAUAUGUAUAUAACGCAAAUGUAAAUUUAAAAAGAAGAUCCCAAAUAUAUGAAGCUAUUUUCUGGCCGAAAAAAACUGUGCUAUCAUA